AUGGCGACUGGCAGCCACAUGCAUAAUCUAACAACUCUGAUCAAGCGACUGGAGGCCGCAACCUCCCGCCUGGAGGAUAUGGCGAUGUCGCUUGACGACCCCCAUUCUCCAAAGGCCGUGGAAUCCGCCGCUGCACCAGCCCCUCUUGCUGCUGAAGUCCCCAAACCAGCUGCUCCUCCCGCCCCUGCAGCACCUACCGUCCCGCCGCAAAUCCAAGACUUCGACACUCUGAUCAACAAAGAUGUCCAGAAUUUCGUGGAUCUUGGAGACAAAAUCGGAAGCCUUGUUGGAGAACAGUCGAAAGCGGUCCUGCAGGCCUUCAAGGCGGAGCGCACUUACCUUUACGUUUCGACAAAGGCGAAGAAACCGGAACCGCAGCCCCCAGAGCUCAUGACGGAGCUUCAUAAUGCGUCCGAUAGCAUCAACGUGGUCCGCGAGUCUAACAGGGCCUCUCCUCUUUUCAAUCACCUCAGCGCCGUCGCCGAAGGCAUCGUCGCCCUGGGUUGGUUUUUCGAAUCCAAGCCGGCGGACUUUGUGAGCGAGAUUGUGGGCGGUAUCGAAUAUUAUGGCAACAAGGUUCUGAAGGACUAUAAGGAGAAGGACCGCACUCACGUGCAGUACAUCCAGGCCUACUACCAAAUCUUCAAGUCUCUUGCCGCGUAUCUCAAACAACACUAUCCGAAGGGCCUGACAUGGAAUGACCAGAGCGGCAUUGAUGCCCGUGAGGCUCUCAGGCAGGUCAAGGGUGGCUCUGGCUCUGCUCCCGCUCCCGGUGGUGCAGCACCACCUCCUCCUCCUCCUCCCGUUCCAACACUCAAUGUGCCCGGCGGAGCUCCCCCGCCGCCUCCACCACCUCCUCCCCCCGGCGUUGCACCCGCGCCCGCGCAAUCCGCGGACAUGUCGGCGGUCUUUGCUCAGCUUAACCAAGGUGAUGCCGUCACCUCGAGUCUUCGCAAGGUCGACAAGUCCGAAAUGACCCACAAGAACCCCGGUCUCCGUGCCGGCUCUACGGUUCCCGAGGGCCAGGGUAGCAGUGCUUCGCGGUCCAGGUCACCGGCCCCAAGCAAGAAGCCCAAGCCCGAGAACAUGCGGUCCCGCAAGCCCCCUCGCAAGGAAUUGGAGGGCAACAAGUGGUUCAUCGAGAACUUCGACAACCCCGGCGAGAUCAUCGAGAUCCCCGCGCAGCAAAACCAUUCCAUCCUCAUUUCACGAUGCAACAAGACCAUCGUGAAGCUGUCCAGCAAGGCGAACGCCAUUUCCAUCGACAACUGCACUGGUCUCUCCCUCAUCGUCGACUCCCUCGUUUCCAGUCUCGAUGUCAUCAAGUCGCCUAAAUUCGCCCUCCAGAUUGACGGAAUCGCCCCCACUCUGUUGCUCGAUCAGGUCGACGGGGCCGUGGUCUACCUCGGCCAGAAAAGUUUGGGCACGGAGGUCUUCUCCAGCAAAUGCUCCGCCAUUAACGUCAUGCUUCCUCCUAAAGAGGGCACCGACGAAGAUACCAAGGAGUGUCCCGUUCCCGAGCAGAUCAAGACGUACGUUAAAGACGGUGUUCUCGUGAACGAAAUAGUCGAGCACGCUGGUUAG